AUGUCGUCUCGCCAGAGGUCGGAGCAGUGCCGCAUCUGUGGGGGGGCCCUCCAGGGGAACCAGAGGCGCUGGCUCUUCUCCGGGAACAAGAAGAAGCAGGUCCUGACCCCGAGCGGCUCUGUGAGGGGCCCUAGCCGCAGUUCCAGCCGGGGCCAGACCCAGUCCAGCUGCAGCAGUCCCUGGGGUAGCACGAUGUCCCUGAGCUCCUCCUCUUCUUUGACCAGAUCGCAGCUGUCUCGAAACUCCCCGAAGAGCUUCGACCUGCUGUCCGUCCUCACGCACAUCCUGGGCGCCUCGGUCUCCCGUGGCGACGCGCACACUAGCGAGUUCAUCUGCGGCAAGUGCGCCUCGAUGCUGGAGCGCGUCUUCAAGUACGACUCGGUCAUUGCUAGAGUCCGCGUCCUCUCCUCCGAGCGCCUGCAGAAGCUGGCGCAGGAGCGAGACAAGAUCCGCCAAUGGGUUCGCUGCAGCUACGCGGACAGGAACCCGCGCGACUACUACGCCAACCGCGGCAGCACCAGCGAAGAGGACUGCGACUGGGAGAAGGACGGGUACAGGGAGAUGCUACAAGAGAACAUGGCGUUGUCAGAGUAUGAAUGCUGGUCUGAGAAGUGGGAUACCUGCCCCUACUUCAUCCAAACCGGGAAAAGGUGUCGCAAGGGCAAAGGGUGCGAAGGCUGUGACGCUCUCAGAGUCUCCGAUUACGACUACGAGUCGGUCUGCGGCGUUCCCAGGCACCUCCCGUCUCAGUGCUUCUCCCCGUCGUUAGCGCUUUCCAGAGAUAAGUCGCAGAGCAUGCCUCUAAACUGGCAGAAGCCCAGGUCCACGUGCUGCUCCAGCCCUGCCUCGCUGGCCGGCUCCACCAUCUCACUGCCGUCGCGCACAGAAUCGGUGCGGUCGCUGGACUCGCUGGACGGGAAAGACUCGCCACAGGGUCUGACGAUGGCGAUGCUGCUGAAGGAGAUCGGGGAGAUCCAGGGGAAGCCGCUGCAGUCUCCGGCAGGAAGCAGGAUUCCUGUGUUGGACCGGGACGGAAACAGUGGAGAGAGAAGAAGAAGGAAGCAAGUUCUGAACAGAGUUUUGGAUUUUGAAAAUGGAGAGGAGGAAGACGUAGAUGUGCUGCUGGAGCUCAGGGACGAGUUCUUACCUCUACAUGGACAGAGCAGCGGAGGGCGCCCCCUGCAGGUGGUGAAGCUGCUCAGAACUCAGCUGGACCAGGCUCAGUCUCGGAUCAAGACUUUGGAAGACCAGAUUCAACACGGGACCAAAUCAGAGGUGCUCAACGGAUCGGGGGACUAUCCGUCUGACUCUGGCCUGGUGUCUCCUCUGCAGAUUCUGGGCCUCUCUCUCCGCAGCAGAGAGCGCCUCCUGCAGGAGAGCAUGGCAGUGAUCCGAAGACUGUGUGUAGAGGAAGGGAAAGGACCAGAGCUGUCGGACAAACUCACAGAGAAGCUGAGUGAGAGUCUGAAGGAAACAGCCUCCCAGAACAGGGCUGCCCUGGACCGACUGGAGAGGGAGUUGUGUGAGGAUAAGCAGAGUCUGGAGCAGGAGCUGGAGACUCUGAGGAAAUCCUCCAGAGACCGAGAGAGAGACCUGGACCUGCUGCGGACUGUGCUGCAAGGGAACCAGGACCUAAUCCAGGAGCUCCGUGUGUCUCUGUCUCAGAAGGAUGAGCAGCUUCAGUCUCUUCACAGUGAGAGGGAGUUGUUCGCUCAGAGAGAGAAGUCUCUAAACGCUGCUCUGAACGACAAAGACUCUCUGCUGCUGUGUCUGAAGCAGGAGCUGGACCACUGCCACGCAGACGUACAGGCUCUCACAGACUCUGUUGAAGCCAGCGAAUCGUCCGGAGACACGACUUCGGCUCUUGUCGCUCGGCUGAAGGAGAAGGAGGCCGAGAUGGCUGUAGUUAUAAAGGAGAGAGAGGAGAACAGCGCCACCAUGUGUCAGGAGGUCACUAAGCUCACCACAGCCCUGCAGCAGUAUCAGAGUCUGGUGCAGAGUCAACAGAAGAGCCAGAGCCAGACCCUGUCCUCUCUGACCAAUCAGCUGUCAGAGGUGCGUGCCCAGCUGAGGGAGAGAGAGGGCGAGCGAAGGGACAGGGCGAGAGAGCGGGAGAGAGAGAGAGAAGAGAGCCGGCGACAGCACAGCGGACUACUGCACAGUCUGGACAAGAGAGACCAGCUUAUAGAGCAAAUCCUCCAGGACGCAGAGGAGCAGGAGCAGCUGUUCCGGGAGCUCCAACAGAAUCUGCAAAACAAGUUUCAACCCAUGCCUGGAAUUAAAUACACACUGUAG